GCAGCGGCGCCCGCCCUCGGCCCGCCUCCGCCGCCGGAGUCGAGCAGCCGCCAGGAAGAGGCGUUGCUGUCGCUGCCUUCUAGUCCCCCCCGCGGCUGACCCCUCCCGGGACCCGUGAUGCCGAGGCCCCGGCGGGGGACGAGGAAGAGUCCGGGUUGAGCCCCAGCUGAGGCCGAGGGCUCGCGCUCUAGUCUCCCGGGCCCGCCCCACCUAAAGAAAUGAGUGGUGGAUUGGCCCCAAGUAAAAGCACAGUGUAUGUAUCCAACUUGCCCUUUUCCCUGACCAACAAUGACUUAUAUCGGAUAUUUUCCAAAUAUGGCAAAGUUGUAAAGGUUACUAUAAUGAAAGAUAAAGAUACCAGGAAGAGUAAAGGGGUUGCAUUUAUUUUAUUUUUGGAUAAAGACUCUGCACUAAACUGUACCAGGGCAAUAAACAACAAACAGUUAUUUGGUAGAGUGAUAAAAGCAAGCAUUGCUAUUGACAAUGGAAGAGCAGCUGAGUUUAUCCGAAGACGAAACUACUUUGAUAAAUCUAAGUGUUAUGAAUGUGGGGAAAGUGGACACUUAAGUUAUGCCUGUCCUAAAAAUAUGCUUGGAGAACGAGAACCUCCAAAGAAAAAAGAGAAAAAGAAAAAAAAGAAAAUUCCUGAGCCAGAAGAAGAAAUUGAAGAAGUAGAAGAAAGUGAAGAUGAAGGGGAAGAUCCUGCUCUUGACAGUCUUAGUCAGGCAAUAGCUUUCCAGCAAGCCAAAAUUGAAGAAGAACAAAAGAAAUGGAAACCCAGUUCAGGGGGUCCCUCAACAUCAGAUGAUUCAAGACGCCCAAGGAUAAAGAAAAGCACAUAUUUCAGUGAUGAGGAAGAACUGAGUGAUUAAAAUUAUAUUUAAUAUGUAAAUAUCAUUAAACAUUUUUUUUUAAAUCUUAGAGUUCGAAGUUCAGUUGGGACUAAAGACUAAUUUUAGAAUUUGAGCAUAAAGAACACUUAGUACCAAAUAAUUUUUUUACUAUAAAGUAGGUUCAUAGGAAAUUGAAAAUAAUUUAAAAGUAUCAUGUUUCUAUCUUGCCUGAGCAGAGUAAUAAAGAUCAAGAUUUGCUAGUAACCGUUAAUCUUAAAACCAGUUCACUUGAAUUAAAAAGGAAUCUUAAUACUAUCAUAGUAUUGCUGUUGUCAUCCCAAGAUAAAAAAUAUUAAAAAGAUAUGUUUGAGAAACUCAUUAUAAAAGUUUAUUCAUGAAGACUGGAAAAUGCUAACUGAUUUAUUGUUGUUAAAUGUUAAUAAAAUUUUCAAGAGAAUUUUGUUUUUAAA